AUGCACGAAUUCACCGGGCUAAAUCUACCAACAACUGUCGAUUUUGCCGGCCUCUCACAAGUGUCUUCGGUGGGUGAUGUUACGCUAUCGCAACUUCCUUUUGGAGAAAGUGGUGCUGAUAUUCUGGAUUCUGAACCGCCAAAGGAGACAGUUACUGUGCUAAGCCAGGAGUCUGGUGAUGUUGAAACGGAAUCUAGUGCAACACCGAAAAUGAGCAGCACGCAAGAAAGUAUCACGUUUGCGCCCCCUCCAAAACGUAAAGGCCUAUGCAGGCGAGCUGAAAAACUAAAAGCGGGUGCUGAGGAAAUGCAAGAGGCAAAAAAACUGCGGGCGGAGAUAGCUGAAGAGCGGAAGACACGCUCCGUGAAGUUAGCAGAAAUGACAAUACUUAGUGGCCCUUACAGCAGAUACACGGCGAAGCCACUCGUUGACAAGCUGAACCUUCCUCCUGUUGAAGUUCAAGGGGCAUUUGAUAUCCGGAGGUUCAAUGUUGGUCAAGCCGUUCCAGUUAUCAGGGCUAUCCCGCAGCUAGAAAAAAUCAAAGGAGCUCUUGACACAAUGGCGGCUAAGAAUAAGACGGAUGAGCUAGCUCGCUGGGAUGACUAUGGUUUCGCUACGUAUGGGCAACUCAAGCUAAUGACAGACGUCGUCCAAGCUAAAAACAACUUUGCAUUGGUCGAAGCUACGAUGGCGUGGGUGGAUACAGUUGACUUUCAUGUCGCCAGCAUUGUUCAUCCGUUCAAGGAUACCGAAGACGUCACCAAGGAUACACAUAAGCAUACUGUGGACAACAUGAACUUAGGCUCGUGGUACGCGGGUCGUCAUGUACAACUUGGAUGUGAGUUUCUUGACUUUCGUGAAAAUUUGUGGCUGCACACUGGGUCUAUCAUUGGUGGUCUCUUGUUACUGCGCGAGACGUACGAAUCAGUCGGUAUCGUAAACCCAAGAUUUCAUGAUUUCGACCAUCCCGACCAAAAGACACGAACAGCGAAAGCGUAUGGAGCUACUGCGUCCGGAACCAAGAGAGUUAUCAGUGUUAUCAACCUGGGCAAUCACUGGGGGGCGUUCUUCGUGAACGUCGAGACAACGACAUGCUAUUUGUUUGACCCCUUGCAAUUAAAGAGCAAUCUCUCCACGCUGAAGAAAGCUGUCGCUACGGUCGUCGAACCUAUGCUCGGCAUCACGGACCAGCUCUCUUAUGAAGCCAUUACUGGAUGCCUGCAGAAGGACAGUUCGUCGUGUGGAAUAUGGUGCCUUGUUGUUCUGGAGCUGCUACUGUUCGGUGCAAACCCCGAAAACUGGGGAGACUAUUGGAGCGAUUCGAUGUAUGACGUUGUGGGCUACCUACGCAUGCGCUAUCUGCACAAAGUUAUAUCAUUAGAGCGACGCUUAAGCGUUACAUUCGAUAAUGUGGAGUAG